CUCUCUGAACUAGCAACAAAAGAGGAUCUAGAAAGAUUUGUGUGUGUGUGUGUGUGUGUGUGACAGGUGAUGAAGCUGAAAGGAGUGCUAGGUAGGCCAGGUCUUAUUCUGGAGGGAGACACUAGCCAGGAAGGUGGACAUACAGCCACGGUGAAGAUGGAAAGAGAAGGAGAAUCUAAAUUCCAGAUGAAGUCCAAGUGACGAAUUAGGUGAUUAACGAGUGGAGGGAAAUUAGGAAUCUAGAAAAUUUCCAGGUUUGGUCACUGAGGGUGCUGUGAGGCCACCAGUUGUGUAGAGAGGAUAUAGUAGUGGUCAAUCAUGAUUUGUAGCUGCUGGAGACUUUCCCUGUAAGCAGUCAAGAGUCUGCCCAUGAGACCCCCCCACUGUCAGAGUCCAUGUGAGCCUCUCUCAGGAGUGAAGGACAUGAAGAAAGAGGUUCCAGGGGCUUGGCUAUUGGCAGAAGGUCUGGCUCUGUACAGUGCUUUCCUCAUUAGCCAAUUCUGUGCUGGGUUCUGGGCAUUGUUCUUGGAUGCUGAGCUCCAUCCUGUUUCUCAAGACACCCAGUGACUCAGUGAGCUCCAUAAUAGCUCCAUUAAAUUCCCUUUCUGCUUUAGCCAGACAGACUGAGUCCAUUGUUUACAACUAAGAGCCCUGAACCAGAUAAGUGGGUUUUGGGGUGAAUGUGAAAAAGGGCUCCAGGGACAAGGGCAUGGUGAAUGUGAGGUGUCAGCGAGGCAUCAGUGUGGUGACAUCAGGCCCAUGUGGGUCAGGAGCACAGAUUUGAGACCACUGGUACUUAGGUGGCUGCGAGGGUCAUUCAGGAAGAGUGUAUUAUUCCAGGGAAUUGGGUUAAGGAGUGGACAGAAGCAGAGGAGAUUUUGCAGGGAACAGAAAAAAUGGGAGGACCCCGAGAAAAUGAUGAAAUGAGAGGUAAUGUGGUUUGAACCCAUUUCCCUUUGCCCUGAGAAUACCUGCCAGUGGGAUUUGCAGUUGCAGCACACCCACAGAUAACUCACUAACUAAUCUUAAACUUACCUCCAGCUGGGCAUGUUGGUGCGUGCCUAUAAUCCCAGCCCUCUCGAGGCUGAGGCAGGAGGAUUACAGGAAGUUUGAGGCCAGCCUGGCCUACAUAGUGAGUUCAAGUCCAGACUGAACUACACAUAACAAGACCCUGUCUCAAAAAAACAAAAACAAAGCAAAACAAAAAAAAACUUACCUUCAAAUUUGUCAUGAAAUCUCUCUUUUGUUAUUAUUUCCUAAUCCAACUGCUCACUGCAAAGCUUGCCUCUUGCACAAUGACAAAGAUGGCAAGAAGAUCUGGAGGAAAACACGGAUUUUUGUGCAGAAUGUGAUAUUCCUCUUUGUGUUAUUCUGUGCUCUGAGAUUUAUCAUACCCCCCAAAAUUAUUAAAUUCUGAUCAUCUAUAUAUUUCUGUUACAUUAGGAUUAGAUACAUGUUCUGUUUUGAAAUAACUCCAGAAAUUGUUUAAAUUUUAUUUUCACAUUGAAAACCAGUCAGAUUUGCCUCAGCCUUAAAGAGUGUAUUUAUAUAAAAUUAAAUAAAUGUUGGCAGCAAGCUGCACUUUCUUUUUUCCUAAACGGGAAAGGAAAGAGUAGUUACCUGUGCUGAAAGCUGCAAAGGGGCAAGCAAGAAGAAUAUGGGAAGUGGCGCUUUGCUUUUGGCAUUCAGAAGGCCGGGGGUGACAGAUGAAGCCGUUUCGCUGAUAUGAUGGGAGCGGGAGAGAAAGUGGUGGACGUGAGGAGAGAAAGGGAGAAGAGCAAAAACAAGUGCACCCUGAGGAGGGCACUGGAGGAAAAGCUGUGAGCAAAGGAGAGAAGCCUCAUGUGCUCACAGUCUCACGAGAGGAGCUGCAGUGGCCUGAGACCACGCUGUGGACUGAACGGGGUAAGCAGGGGCAUGCCCGUGGAGUCAGGCUCUUUAUUCCUAGGUGAUUGAAAUUUUCUGGUGCUAUUGUCAUGCUGUCCCCACCUUGUGUCUGCUAGGCAAGAGCUCUCCCACUGAGCCAUAUCCCCAGACCUUUUUUAUUUUUAUUUUGAGACGGGGUCUUGCUAGGCUGCCCAGGCUGGCCUUGAACUUGUGAUCCUCCUGCUUCACCCUCCUGAAUAGCCGGGAUUACAUUUGCUCUCCACUGCCCUGGUGUCUUCUCUUUAAUUACAGCUAGUUGUUGAAUAAAAACGUCUUUCAAUCACUGAAGCCCAGAUAGACAGAUGUAACUUGAGGGAAGACUCAACUUUGAAAUCCACCGAGUUCUGAAGAUGAAGUUAUACAGGGGUCUAAAUUGUACCUGGGUCAGGAACCUUGACUAGAUCUACCUACACCCAUAUUAGGAGUUAAUUUUUUCAUUAUCACUCAAUCUGGGUGUAGCUCCCUGCUAUGCUCUGAAUGUUUGCAUUCCCUCAAAACUCACAUGUAGAAACUUAAUCCCCGGUGUGAGAAUACUAACAGGUGGGGCCUUUAUGGAAGUGGUUUUGUCAGGAGGGCAGAUCUCGCAGAGAUUAAGAACCUUAAUCUCUUUAUAAAGGAGGCCAGAGGAAGUUCCUUUGACUCUUUCUGUCAGGUGAAGGCACAAUGAGGCAUCAUCUAUUAAGCAGAGUGGGCCUUCCUGUGACACUGAAUCUGCCUGCAGCUUGAUCUUGAACUUCCCAGCCUCCAUGACUGUGAGCAAUACAUUUCCAUUGUUUAUAAAUUACCUGGUCUAAGGCAUUUUGCUAUAGCAGCCUGAACAGACUGAAACAUUUCCCUACUCUGAUUUGGUCUGCCUCCCAGAGAAUAGACUCUCCUUGUUUCAGUUUCCUGAAAGACAGGAGCUCUCUCCAGGCUCUCUUCUCUGGAGUAGAGAAGGCUGGGACCAGGGGCUUCCUCCCUCCCCAGCAAAAGGAGGUAUGGCCAAGGUCACCAUCCCGUCAGACUCACAUCUGAGUCCUCAUGCCUUUCUGCUCACAGAGAAGGCUGCUCUUAUACUCACUCCAUGCAAAGGGAGGCCAGCAGUGUGGCUCCUGGUACCUUUUACCCGCAGCCCAGCCCAAGCUUGCUUCUCUGUAGGAUCCUGAGGACAUGGGACCUGUGUGCCUGCUGAUUGCUGCUAUUCAUCCUGAGUCUGUCAGAGAAUAGAUCCUUCUGUGUGGCACUCUUGUGAGCAUCAACUCCCCAAGCCUGUACUUAUUUUCUUACUGUCUAAUGUCUCCUUAUUAGAAUCUUUGCCUUCUGUGGGACCAGGGACACCACCUGACCCAUGUGUAGCUGAAAAGCUCCCUCUGUGCUGAGCCCAUGGUAAAUGCCUCCAUAAUCCUGUCAACCUGUGUUUGAGAGAAUCAGUAAUCCUCUAACUUGUGAUGUUUGAUGCAGGGAAGGAUAAAUGGAAGUGGUGCAGAUCCUUUAAUUCAUUACCAAAACCCUCCCUCACCCUGAGCCUCAUAGAAAGAUGCUCGGAAGCAGACAUGAGUACCGAGUAGGGGGCACACAGUUGUCUGAAGCGUGGUGUUCUUGGAAGAGUUAGAGCAACUGUCAAAGCCCUCGACAUAACCAUUUUUAUUUUAUUAGUUUUGAUGGUGAUUUGAUGUUGUUAGGGAUUCAGUUCUCAUCUUUGCCUCUGAGAUCAUCUGAAUAAUGUUGGUGAUGGGGAAGGGAAAGUAGAGAUGAGGCAUCCACAGGCACCGUGGAUCAGACUAUAUAAAUCUGGGAGGAGGAAGGGGGCAGGAGAGCCUGGCCUUCCCAGCGUGUCGGGCCCAAGGCUGAGGCACAAGUGAGAGACGUUGGAGACGACAGGACUUGCCUUCACCCCAAGUGACCAUGAGAGGUGCCAUGGAAGCCUCAAUCGUGCUUCUCCUAGCAACUGUAUCCAACUCUGCGGUGAUCACAGGGGCCUGUGAGUGGGACGUCCAGUGUGGGGCUGGUACCUGCUGUGCCAUCAGCCUGUGGCUGCGGGGGCUGCGGGUGUGCACGCCGCUGGGACGCCAAGGAGAGGAGUGUCACCCUAGCAGCCACAAGGUCCCCUCCUUCCGGAAGCGCCAGCACCACAGCUGUCCCUGCUCGCCCAACCUGCUGUGCUCCCGGUUCCUGGACGGCAGGUACCGCUGCUCCAUGGACUUGAAGAACAUCAACUUUUAAGAGCGUCUCUGGCCUCAGGACACCUACUGGCCUGUCCCUGAACACAGCUGCUUCUGCACUAUGCGACCAGCUUUCUAUAAUCACCCCAUCCUACAGUGCCCAUCCGGUCCCUCCUGCCCUGCUCACACAUGUGCACCAGGCCGGCAUACCUCCCUCUGUGGCAGGGCCCACCAGGCUGCCCGAGGAUGGACAGCCUGGUUCUCUUGACUGCUCAGGCUGCCUGAGAAGUAGUGAGUGAGGAAAGGACACUGCCCUCCUCCCUGGGCCCUGUCCCUGACCUGCAUGUGCCCUGUCCCCCGAACCAGACAUUCCUGAGUACAGGUCUUUGGGUACAUUUCUGAGUCACAUGGGGCCUAGGAAGACAAACUGAGAGUUUCCUAUCUUCCUUUGAUUGAUCAUUCUGCGUAUGUUUAGAUCUCAGACCCAAGGCCACCUAUUCCCAUAGGGCAGAGGGCUGUCACUGUGAGGUGGGUGUGGGGAGGUGGAGAGGUCAGGCAGCCUCCUUGACAGCUGCAGUGCCAGCCAGCUUGUGGCCUGUGACCUUCAAUCUGUCCACUAGAUCAGGAUUGCAGUGCCUCUAAAGCACCGCCUCGUGUCUUUUACUGAGUUACCAGCGAAGCCCCGAAUUCUCAGUGGCUUCCCACAAAUAUUGACUGCAUAAAAUAAGGAAUAUAUAUACACAAUUCAAAUAGGUUCUUGAGAUGUCAAAAAAAUACAAAUGGUGGAGUUCAGUCUAAUCUGCUAUUGACCUGUUAGAAGACAGUUAGGGAGUUACCUAAAACAGCCCCCUGAGAACAGACCUUGAGGAGGGCCAUCCCCAGUCUGACUAGGGACAGAGGGGGAGAAGCAGGAAGAAAGGGAAGGAGAAGGAGAGGUGCACCCAUGCACUUCAGCUUUGGAAUGAAAGGAGGACAGAGCCCAGGUGUGUAGGCAUGGUGUUCCUGCCUCUGCUUCAGCCAGGGCCAUGCUUGUGUGGGGUCCGGCUGUGUCCAGGCAGGGAAAGGAUGAGGCUGAUGUUCCUUCUCCCAGGUAGGGCAAUAUUUUUGGAGUACAUGGAUUUCAGGGUCUCUUUGAAUGAGUUUUGAGGGGCAGCUCAAAGACCGGUAAGAGUUUGAAAGGUUGGAGUCAGGAAGGGGGCCGUGAGCUCGUGAGGAGUGGGGAGUUUGACUGGGAGGGAGACGGCUUAGCUGACUGUGGUGGUGAAUCUUGGUUUGCAACUUGACUGAGGCACCUAGGAGAUUAGUAAGGCAUACUUCUUGGUGUGUCUGGUGGGUCAGGGAGACAUGAACUUGGAGACUGUCCAGUCCAGCUCCUUCCUCUCUGGCUCUUUCCCUGCCCUUUGCUUCCUGACAGCAGCUGUUCUCUGCCAUGCCCUUCUGCCAUUGAUGUUUCUGCCUUGCAGCCAGCCUACCAUAGACUGAAACAUCUGAAAC